AAACGCAACACAACCCAUGACAUAAUCUCGAAGUUCAUGUGGAUUCGUGCGCGACCCAGGCUCCGAAGUCAGCUUCAAUCAUGAGGCUUCACCACGCGCUUGUCAAAGAGGCAAGGCCACAGUUAAGAGUCCAGUCUGCCGGCACCCUGAAUCCAUUCACUUGGUUCGCCUCACUCACACCCACCUGUCCGUCGUCGUUCACUAGUUACGGUGGCGCGGAGAUUUUUCUUAGAUCAUCAGCUGGGUCCUGUUGCAUAAUUUUGGAGCUGCGUGCUGGUUUCUGUGUGUUGAGGUUUCGUUUCUGAGUGCGAACUUCGGUGGAGGUAGGAGUAGUUAAUAGCGAUGACCAUGGGAAGAGGCAGUGCGAUGUUGGCUGUGGCGAUUUUCCUCGUAAGUGCCGCAAUGGGUGUGCGGGGAGCCACUUAUACUCUGCCCGGCUCAUGGGUGGUUCCGACCGAGAACGCAGAUAUUUACAACGUGUGGGCUCAGAAUGUCUCCAGUUAUCUUGUUGAAGGCGAUGUGAUCAUUUUCCAGUAUGUGGCAGCAGCUCAUGACGUGGUAACUUUGGGAACCCAAGCAGAGUACGACGGUUGCGAUUCAACUACUCCCUUGAACAGAACCCAGACAGGGAACGACGCCAUCAUCGUCAAGGCAGGAAUCAAUCUCUACAUUUGCGGCAGAAAUGGCCAUUGCCAAGCAGGUCAAAAGGUAUCCGUCACUGCAUCUGCAGCCAACAUAAUCACCCCGACGAUCUCACCUGUCGCAAGCAUCCCAGCGCUCUCACCGCCACUGAGCGCCCCAACGAUCUCACCUGCAUCAGGUGCCGCACUUCCAGCAAUCUACACCAUCACUCCAGCUGCAGCUCCACACUCUGCUGGUUCCGUGACUGUACCCCAGGCCGUUGCCGCCGCCACAGUCGCAGCGGCGGCAUGUUUUGCCCUUUUCUAGAGAUCGGUCUUUUUCGUAGAAAUAUCUAUGCAUAAACAAUAUGAUAUAAAGUAGAGAAAAAGGAUAUGGUAUAAUGUUAAUUGUUGUUAUUAUUUUGAUGAAUAAAAAUUAAAAAUGAGACUAUA